GAGUCGUUCUAUUGUCAGUACAAACAAUAUAGGUGUCGGAGAUCAAAAUGAGGGGAUUCAUUUUUAUCGCUUUUAGUGUGCUGGGAAUUACCCUAUUCAUCAGCAUACACGCCUUACCUCGUAGAUCACAAGCAUGCGCGGCGGCACCUGCCGACAUCCUGUUCCUGUUGGAUUCUUCCAGAAGCGAGGGAGCGUCCAACUUUGAAGUGCAGAAGGAAUUUGUGUCGAAAUUUGUCAGUGUUUUAAACAUCGGACCAUAUGACGCCCAGGUUUCUGUGUCAUCAAUUUCAACGAUUGCUUACAGCUUUUUCACUCUCAAUACUUACCACAACAAGUAUAGUCUUCUGAAUGCCAUAGCUAGAGUACCGUACAAGCCUGGAGGCACAAACACAUUUUACGCUUUGGAUAUGGCUGAGCAAUAUACCUUCACACAGCAACAUGGAGACCGUCCAAAUGCCCCAAACAUAGUGUAUGUACUGACAGACGGGUAUUCAUCAAAUCACUUUGCGACACACCAAGCAGCACAACACCUCAAGGGAAAAGGAGUAAAAGUCUUCGCUAUAGGAAUUGGCCGUGUGUCUCUAUCGGAACUGAUUGAUAUGGCUACCGAUCAUGAACACGUGUUCACGGUGGACAAUUUUUCUGAUCUACCAUCUAUACAGCAUCUUGUUCAGGCAACAUAUUGCGAAGUCAUGAAUGGCACGUUGUGUAUCGACAAAAUCUCAAACUGCCAUCGGUAUCCCAAGAACGUAUGCUUGCAACCUAAUUUUGUGUCGUGGGCUCAGAUGUAUUGCCCAGAUCAUUGUGGAUUUUGCCAAAUACACACGCCAGCUCCACCAACUGUACAACCAACAACUUUCCCGACAACAAAAGCGACACAUGUACCAACAACAAAAACUGUACCAACGACAAGGGCGACAACUCCCAUGCCAACUAGCACAAUGAAACCGACAACAACCACAAUAACGACAACACAUGGACCUGUUCCACAAUUGAUACCAGAAGGAGCCUGCAUUGACAAGAUAUCAAACUGUGCCGCCUAUGGAGACAGUGUGUGUACUGGUUACAGACAGUGGGCUAUAGAGAACUGUGCUAGAUUCUGUAUCUUCUGUCAUGAUAGAAUCACCACAUCUACCUCACGAACAUCAACUACCUCGAUAACAACCACAACCACAGUUCCCUCUACCACAAAGAGAGUUUAUGAGGUCUGUGAAGACAAAGUUGACCAGUGCAGUACAUAUGGACCAGAUAUCUGCUUCAACUACGCCUCCUGGGCAGCUGUACAAUGUCCAAAGUUCUGUGUGUUUUGUGAACCCACCACCACCACCACUACUGCAACAACCACAACCACCACAUCACCGUCUACCACUCCAAGCUCCACGCCUUUGCCUAUAGUUACAUCCACCCUAACACCAUCUACCACACAAAACUUGUGUCUCGACGUCAGAAGUGAUUGUAAGGAUUUAGGACCCCUAAUCUGUUUCACUAAUCAAACGUAUGCCGAGGAAAAUUGUGCAGCGUUUUGCAAUUUCUGUACUCCAGCAUCAGUAUCUAAUUCAGCGACAUCCAAUCCAUCAACUGUAAAGGUCGCUGUUGACAACAGUGCACAGACUACAUCCACAAAGAGUGAUGGGUUAACUAGCACAGCUCCCUCCUCAACCUUAACCACCAAUCCCGCUAUUCUCGUCAUUGGACGACGGUGAUCUUAUUCCUGGAUAUAUGUAACGAACAUGGUCGACAGUGUUAUGCUAGUCAACUCUGUCUUUAAUAUAUUUAGGUAUUUUAUCUGAAUAAAUUACUAAACCAUCAGAC